CAAAGUAAAAUUUGACAAUUCGUUUUGCAUUCUGAUUUCUGAAGGCAGAUUAUACUUUAGCAAAAAGAGAAUUAUAUGGAAUGGAAAGUGGAAUAUUAGAGUAGUAUUGCGGUAAUAAAUAAAAAUGUUUACUCGUUCCAGAUUUUUCUUCACCAGGGCUCUUCCGCUGCGGGUCAGUACUAAUGUUUUUAAUGUGGAAUAUCAAAACAAUGCCCGGUUUCUGUACAGCAUAACAGCUACAAGGAGUCGCUCCACGACUCCUCUCAAUACUGUAGUUAUGUUUGUUCCGCAACAAGAGGCCUGGAUCGUGGAGCGUAUGGGUAAAUUUCAUAGGAUAUUGGAGCCGGGACUUAACCUGUUGUGGCCCAUAGUGGAUAAGAUUAAAUAUGUUCAAAGUUUAAAGGAAAUAGCCAUUGAUGUACCCAAACAGAGUGCCAUAACGUCAGACAAUGUAACACUGAGCAUUGACGGUGUGCUUUACCUUCGGAUUAUUGACCCAUACUUAGCAUCAUAUGGUGUGGAAGACCCUGAGUUUGCUAUCACUCAGCUAGCUCAAACUACUAUGCGUUCUGAGCUUGGUCAAAUAUCCCUAGACAAAGUGUUCAGGGAGAGAGAAUCUCUGAAUGUAGCCAUAGUGGAUGCCAUCAACAAGGCCAGCGAGGCUUGGGGCAUCACAUGCCUGCGUUAUGAAAUCCGGGAUAUAAAACUCCCAACACGAGUUCACGAAGCUAUGCAGAUGCAAGUUGAGGCCGAGCGGCGGAAAAGAGCUGCUAUUUUGGAGUCUGAGGGAGUACGAGCAGCUGACAUCAAUGUUGCUGAAGGCAAACGCCAAGCUAGGAUAUUGGCUUCAGAGGCUGAGAAGCAGGAGCAGAUAAACAAGGCGUCAGGAGAGGCGCAGGCGAUGCUCGCCGUGGCCGAGGCCCGCGCUCGCGGUCUCAAGCUGAUUGGAAGUGCUCUAGCUGACAAGGAUAGCAAGCAUGCAGCCUCCCUGACGCUGGCUGAGCAGUACGUGUCCGCCUUCAACAAGCUGGCGCGGACAAACAACACUUUGAUUCUGCCGGCGAAUGCGGGAGACGUCUCCAAUUUAGUAGCUCAGGCGAUGUCAAUAUACUCGACGGUUACAUCCCACAAUGCACAGAAAAAUCAAAACAUGCCAGAAGUGUCGGCCAUCUAUGAGGAGCCUCUAGUCAAAAUUAACGCGUUAACGGAAAAAGGUUCCACUCUGGCUGGACAGGCUAUGCCCGGUGAAGACGACAGCUUAGCGGAGUACUUCUCAGACGAUGAAGAAAGAGAAAAGGCUCUGCGGGCUCACAAAGAGAAGCGAGACUUCCAUACGCAACAGUUACAUAAGCUAGAAAAAGACACAUAGACCUCUUAAUUAUAGUAGUACCUCAUUGAAUAUUAAGGUAAUCUCUGCAUUUGAAAUGUAGCUAUGAAACUAUGUUGUGUAUUUUGGUGCAUUAAGGACUAUUUCUGAAUGAAAACUCAACUAUCCUGCAAUAAGACGCAUUUAUUUUCAUACAUUGUACAAUACAGUCAGUUCCCAUGUUGUAUGAACAUUGUUAUAAAAGUGAAUAAUGUACAGAUAUGCAAUAUUUUUGAAGGAAAUCAUAACUUAGUUGGUCAUCUUAAGUUAUUUAUUAUAAUAACUCUGUGAGAAAGUAAAAAUAAACCAUUAAAUAUCUUAAAAA